AUGUCGCUGCCCCCGUGGAAGAAGGACCACCCCUGGAUGUGGCUGAGCCAACUGAAUCGCAAUGGACCUGCCCUAAUAUUGCGCCACUACAAGCGUAAGCCCGCCUUCCGGCCAAAAGCCCCGGAACCCAAAUCCCCUUCGUAUCCCCGGACAGACCCGGUGAAGUCCAAGUUCGAGGCUACCCGCGGCAAGCUGAUGCACCUAUUGCGUCGCUUCGAUGAGGUGAACUCCAUCAUCGACGGAUCCCGCCGGAGGAUCAAUCCCUUCCAGCCGGUGGCUUUGAUAGAACUGGAGUACGCCGAUAUCGAGCGUCAGAUGAAGGAGGGAAUCUACAAAUGGUCCGAGUAUGACUUCGAGGAAAGCGAGGACGUUUCCAGUCUUGAGAAUGCCAUGGAGAACCAGAAGCUGGAAGACUAA